AUGUCCAUAGAAUCCUCUAGUGAUUCUCAGACCCCAAAGGAAGACGCGCCACCACUCAUCACGACUUCUGCGAGCAAGCUCCAGGACCCACCUUCAGAACCCACGACAAGAUCUGGAAAAAACAACACUAUGGAUGCAGUGAACUCUGUGAAGGUCAUUCUGAUGACUAACCCAGAAGAGUUUCAAACUUGUGAUGGAAAGGAGGAAGGUGAUGUUGUGCCUCAACCGGCGAACAAUACAAACAACCAAAUCUCGGGUAAGCAAGAUCAGUGGACUGGUUUAUUCAAAAGGACCACGAAGAAACUUCAGAAGCGGGGAGAAAGUUUCAUGCUUCCAUCUGGAGAGUCUUGUGUUACUAUACCAAACUCUGUCAUUGAAAAAAAUAGAAAAUCUUGGGAUAGUUUCAUCAUUGGCCAGUUUUACUCUGAUCCACCUUCACAAGGUACCAUUCAGAAGAUAGUAAAUGGCAUAUGGAGCAAACAAUUUAGAGACAUCACAGUCUCUAAAAUGGAAGGGUUCGCAUUCCUUCUCAGGAUCCCGAAUGCAUCUACACGCGCUUAUGUUCUAAAGCAGUGUCUCUGGCAGAUAGAAGGUCAGACAAUGUUUGUAGCAAAGUGGGAGCCUGGUGUCGUUCCUACAAAGCCAGAAUUGACUUCCGCCCCCAUUUGGUUAGAGUUAAGAGAUGUUCCCCUACAAUUCUUUAAUGAGGAGGCCCUUGAACACAUCGCAAGUCAAGUGGGUGAUCCAAAGUUCCUUCACCCCCAAACUGCAAACAAAUUAAACCUGGAAGUGGCAAAGGUUUUUACUAUCAUUGAUCCUAGAGUGCCACUGCCAGAAGCUGUCAAUGCGAGAUUUGAAUCAGGCGAGAUUAGGCGUAUACGGGUGUCAAGCCCAUGGAUGCCACCUGUGUGCUCUUUCUGCAAAGAAGUUGGUCAUCCCCAAAAGCGCUGCAAGAAAGCUCCCAUCACUUGUAAGAUCUGCAAGUCGACGGGUCACUUACAAGCUGACUAUACACGCGCAAAAGGCAAAACAGGGGCAAAGCACACUGAUGACAAUGCGCCUCCAAAGUCUCCCAUUCAUGCUCGGAAACCUCCUUAUGCGGCAACUCACAGAAAUCCUCCCCACUUAUCUUUAAAGAAGUCUAAAGCCACCUUUUCAAAGAUGGAACUGGGCGGAACUAGCCUCCCUGCAGGAAUUCGCGCCAGUGCUUCAAAAGGCGCUCAUCCUCCUGAUCUAGGGAGUCCAGAAACCUCACCAGUAGAGUCAGAUUCUUCGGACAUUGACUCUCCCCAGUCGCCGCUUAGUGCAGAUUCGGGCUUUCAGGAAUUUAUUUCUCGGCGUCAGAAGAAGAAGGAUAGGGGCAGGGGCCCCAAAAACAACCACCGUACUGGUUUUAAAAAAUGGUUCAAGCAGCAUAGACCAUCUUUUGGAUGUCUCUUGGAGACUCAUGUACAGCGAAAUAAGCAAAAUAAGUUUGUUAACUCUCUUUUUCCCGGUUGGGGUUAUGAAGCCAAUUAUGAAUUCUCUGACCUUGGAAAGAUUUGGAUCCUCUGGCAUCCCUCUAUUCAAGUCACAAUUAUUCACAAAUCUCUUCAGAUGGUGACAUGCCUCCUCAACCUUCCGGAUUUUAUAACUCCAAUUAUUGUUACAUGUGUCUACGCCUCUACAGAUGAAGCUAUCAGGACAACUCUUUGGUUGGAUAUCGUUGAUAUCUCAAACUCCUCAGCCACUGAUGGAAAAGCUUGGAUGCUAAUUGGUGAUUUCAACCAAGUUCUAAAACCUGAAGAACACUCUCGCCCUCCUACUUUGAAUGUGGAUAGGAAGACUAGGGAGUUCCAGGAGUGCCUAGCCGAUGCAUCUCUCUCUGAUCUCAGCUUCACUGGACCAACUUUUUCCUGGUGGAACAAUCAAAAAUCAAACCCCAUCGGGAAAAAGCUGGACCGUAUUUUGGUAAAUGAUCAGUGGCUUGUUCAGUUUCCUUCAUCCCUGGGCAUCUUUGGUCCUGUGGAAUUCUCUGAUCACGCCUCCAUGUCUGUGAUCCUCAAGACCCCUCAGCUGAAGCACCGUAUGCCUUUCAGAUUCUAUAACUUCUUGCUCCUGGACGAAGAAUUUCUGCCUAUGGUCGCAUGGUUCUGGUUUUCUACCAACGUUGUUGGGUCAGACAUGCUGAGAGUCUCAAAGAAGCUUAAGACGCUAAAGAACCCUAUCAGAUCUUUCAACAAAGAUAACUACUCAAACCUUGAGAAGCGUAUAGAGGAAGCAAGGUCUGAUCUUGGCAAAAUCCAACUUGAUCUUCUAAACUCUCCAACAGUUACCUUAGCUUCCCUGGAAGCUGAAGCUCAACGAAAACUAGGGAUUCUUAUUAAAGCAGAGCAAGUGUUAUGGCUACACGUCGCUCGCAAAACCAUAUUCAUAUUCGCUACACGUGGCUCCUCUGGUGAACGGUUUGAGACUCGACAAGCGAUCCAUGAUCACUGUCUCUCUCACUUCUCAGAGUUUCUCGGUAUCCCUGGCUCUCCGCCAUUGUUUGAUCCCCAAGAUUUAUUUGUUCUGCUCGACUUCCAAUGCUCUGAAUCUCAGAAACUCAGGCUUCAGGAAGAGUUUACGACUGAGGACAUCAAAGAGGCUUUCUUCAGCCUACCUAGAAAUAAAUCUUGCGGACCAGAUGGCUACUCUUCUGAAUUUUUCAUAGGAUGUUGGGCAAUAAUUGGACCGGAGGUUGUCUCAGCGGUAAAAGAGUUCUUCAGGGAAGGGAAGUUAUUGAAGCAGUGGAACUCUACAACGCUGGUGCUUAUCCCAAAGAUCAGGAACGCCUCAAAGAUAGGAGACUUUAGGCCGAUAUCCUGCCUCAAUACACUUUACAAGGUUAUUUCUCGGCUUCUUACUAGUCGUCUGAAGGAGGCAUUACAGCAGGUUAUCUCUCACGCGCAAUCAGCAUUUAUGCCGGGUAGGCUCCUAGCAGAAAAUGUCCUGCUAGCAACAGAACUUGUUCAAGGGUACAAAAAAUCCAAUAUCUCUCCUCGUGCUAUGCUCAAAGUCGAUCUUCGCAAAGCUUUCGACACUGUAAGAUGGGACUUUGUCAUUGCCACACUCCAAGCUCUGGGCAUGCCGGUAAAAUUUGUAAACUGGAUCUCAGAGUGCAUCACAACAACAUCUUUCACAAUUUGCAUAAAUGGAGAGUCCGGUGGUUAUUUCAAAAGCAUGAGAGGAUUGAGACAGGGAGACCCACUCUCUCCUUAUCUCUUUGUCUUGGGCAUGGAAGUGUUCUCUAGACUACUCAAAUCUAGAUAUGAUUCUGGCUACAUCAGGUACCACCCCAAUGCCGAACCAAUAGACAUCUCUCACCUGAUGUUUGCGGACGAUGUGAUGGUCUUUUACGAUGGCAGUAGCUCCUCACUUCAUGGUAUCUCAGAAACUCUUGAUGACUUUGCUAGUUGGUCUGGUCUUGAAAUAAAUCAGAGCAAGUCAGAGCUCUUCACUGCGGGGUUAGAUCAGCAGGAAGCAAAUACUACUAUGAGAUAUGGUUUUCCUAUGGGCUCCUUCCUAAUCCGCUAUUUAGGACUUCCAUUAAUGCACAGAAAGCUGAAAGUGUCGGAAUAUUCGUUGCUUCUUGAUAAAAUCUCGGGAUCCUUCAAUGCUUGGUCAGCAAGAAACCUCUCUUUUGCAGGAAGACUGAUUGAGGGCCCGGCCUUCGCCAAAGUAUCAUGGGCAACUUGUUGUCUUCCCAAAAGAGAGGGUGGACUGGGUCUGCGUCGUUUUGAGACCUGGAACAAAACUCUAUGCCUCCGACUGAUCUGGCUUCUGUUUGCGGAGGGGGGUUCUUUGUGGGUGGCUUGGCACAAGCACCAUCAUCUUAGUCGCUCAAACUUUUGGUCUUUGGAUGAACAAGCUCAAGACUCCUGGCACUGGAAGUCUCUGUUGAAACUAAGACUCCUUGCUCGUCCUUUUAUCAUCUGCACCAUACGAAAUGGAGCCACCGCCAGUUUCUGGUUCGAUCAGUGGACUCCGUUAGGACCGUUAAUAGACACCAUUGGAGUAAAUGGACCUCACGCUUUGAGAGUUCCUCUACAUGCUACUGUCUCAGAAGCAACCCGAGAUGGACUAUGGCUUCUGCCAGCUCCUAGAUCGAACGUGGUGGUUUCACUACAUGCUUACCUGACCACAAUGAAUGUUCCUUCUCAUGACCAAGGAUCGGAUCUCUAUUCUUGGACAAUAGAAGGACUGAAACUUCAACAUUUCUCCUCCUCUAAAACUUGGAGUGUAAUAAGAGAAAGGCAACCUGCCCGUCCAUGGUUUCAGGCGGUUUGGUUUAAUGGCACACUCCUAAGCAUGCCUUCAACAUGUGGGUCGCUGUUCAGGACAUAUUACCAACUCUUACUUGGUUGGUCAUCCUCAGACUCCACAACCUCACCGCGAACUCUAAGAAGCAUCGCUGUCCAAGCCACCAUAUACCACACUUGGACUGAAAGAAACAACAGGGUCUACAGGAGUCAGACGCUAUCCGCCUCUGAUCUUUUCUGGCUCGUUGACAGAACGAUAAGAAACACAAUCUCUGCUCGUAAGACCAGAAAGGAAUUCAAGAACCUCAUGGUCCUUUGGUUGAUAUAG